UGUGCCGGAGAACUGGUUCAAACCGACCGGAAGCUGCGGCCGACUUGCACCUCAACCGAGCACCGAAAGCGCCCGCCGACCGCAAUGACGGCUGCCAUGACGGCCACCCUCUUCCAGCGCCUGAGUGCAGCCGCCGCAGCUGCCACUCAUCGCCGCUUCAGCCUGGACGUGAGCUCGCAGCUGCUGCGUACACGCGGCUAUGUGCACGGCCGCUGGGUCUCAGCCCCUUCUGACUUCCCGGUCCUGGACCCGGCCACCGGAAUGGAGAUAGCCCGGGUGUCUGACUGCGGGCCGGAAGACGCCAAGCGGGCUGUGGACUCGGCGUACUCUGCUUUCUACGAGUGGAAGCAGUACACCGCCAAAGAGAGGAGCCUGCUGCUGAGGAAGUGGUUCAACCUGAUGACUCAGCACAAGGAUAACCUGGCUCGACUCAUCACCUUUGAGUGUGGCAAACCCCUCAAAGAAUCUCUUGGCGAGAUCGCUUACGCCGCCUCCUUCUUGGAGUGGUUUUCGGAGGAAGCGCGGCGCGUGUACGGCGACGUGGUGCCCCCGCCCAUCAAGGACCGAAGGAUCCUCCUCCUCAAGCAACCAGUUGGCGUGACCUCGGUCAUUACGCCCUGGAACUUCCCCAGCGCCAUGAUCACCAGGAAGGUCGGCGCAGCGCUGGCGGCCGGAUGCACUGCAGUGCUCAAACCUGCGGAGGAUACGCCCCUUUCAGCGCUUGCUCUGGCCGAGCUUGCAGAGCAGGCAGGGAUUCCAGCGGGUGUCUUCAACGUGGUUCCGUGCUCCAGAGAGAUGGCAGCAUCGGUGGGCCGGGUUCUGUGCACGGACCCUCUUGUGGCCAAGAUCUCCUUCACGGGCUCCACAGCCACUGGCAAAAUGUUGCUGAAAAUGGCUGCCGACACUGUCAAGAGGGUUUCCAUGGAGCUGGGAGGCCAUGCACCCUUCAUUGUGUUUGACAGCGCGGAUGUGGACCAGGCGGUGAACGGAGCCAUGGCAUCCAAGUUCAGGAACUCUGGACAGACGUGCGUUUGCUCCAACCGCUUCCUGGUGCAGAGCGGCGUCUAUGAGCGUUUUGUGGCCAAGCUCGGCGCGGCCAUGGACGCACAGCUGCGCAUGGGCCACGGCAGUGAGGCCGACACCACGCAGGGACCGCUCAUCAACGCUAGAGCGGCUGAAAAGGUGGGCCAGCAGAUAGAUGAUGCCGUGUCGCAGGGGGCCAAGGUGCUGAGGGGCGGCCGACGCCUGCACGGCUCCUUCAUGGAGCCUACCCUGCUGGUGGACGUCACUGCCGACAUGUUGUGUGUGCGCGAGGAAACCUUUGGGCCGCUGGUGCCCGUCAUCAGGUUUGACACUGAGGAGGAAGCGCUGGCCCUCGCCAACGCGUCUAACGUCGGUUUAGCUGGUUACUUCUACUCGCAGGACAUCAGUCAGAUUUGGCGCGUGUCCGAGGCGUUGGAGGUGGGCUUGGUGGGCGUCAACGAGGGGCUCAUCUCCACGGCAGAGGCCACCUUCGGAGGCGUCAAAGAAUCAGGGAUGGGCCGUGAGGGAUCCAAGUAUGGCGUGGACGAGUACCUGGAGGUCAAGUACGUGUGCAUGGGGGGCCUUAACGUCUAGCGACAUGCUCUAUUAGUUAGCCUUCAGAAUAGCAGUGUCUUUUAUUGUUUUGUUGCUAUGCUAAGUUAGCCCUGUAGCGUGCUAGUUAGCAGUGCGCAAUCUGUCCCGGAAACGCAAUCAGUUCUGCGCAUGUGCAGAACGCGUCUACAUCCGGUCAGCUUAUUUUUCGUCAGUCACAUGUUAGUCAUGUGUAAUGUACCUCUAUCUAUUUUACGGCAGCAAUCUAAGUUUAUUUCGCCACUGAAUAAAAUACAGACAAAAGCAUUUGCUAGUAAUAUAUGUUUGGAUGGAUGCUAUUUCUCUGUUUAGAAAAAAAAAACUCAAACUGAAUCAUCUACAUUAAUCCAUCACAAUCAAAUAAAACUGCAUUUGAUUCUGCUUAUUUACAUUGGUUUUACUUAACCGGAUAUGAUAUGCGCUACGUGCAUUGCGUCACUUUUUACGUAGCUCCGUCUUGGUGGAGGUCAUAAGACGAUAGAAACAUCCGCAUGCUAACAAACUCUUUUACGAAUAAAACUACCCCCAAUAUAUUACAUAUAUGAAGUAUGGUUAUUGGCCAUUCAUGUUCAUACAUUAAAAAAAUAACUACCACACCACGUGAUGUCGCAGAAGCGCUAAAAAUUUGCUAAAUGAGGAAGUGAUGUUGGUCUCGCGCAUGCGUAAAACCGAUUGCAUUUCCGGGACGGAUUGCAUAGUGACAGGUGCUAACAGCUAGUCCGAAGACAGCGUUUAAGGACUUAACUUGUGAUGGCUGUCAGACGCAGUAGAAAAAUGUCCUUUAAUUUCAUCACCAUGGAAGGCUUUCAAGCCACGGCCCCUCACCUUGUGUAAGUUUUAACAUGUCGCUGUCGCAUGUGAUUGCAUGUUUAUAAUGAAAAUUAUAGUUGUUGUGAUCUUUGUACAAUAAUAUUUUUAUAUUGAUGUUAUUUAACUUCAUAUCUAAAAGCACAAUGGGAGGCAGAGUCUAAAAAACAUGUUAAUUGUUCUUGACUUUUAUUUUCUUUUGUAAAAAAAAAAAAAAAAAAAUUCCAUGAAUAAAUUAGUGAGAGAAGACGACAGUGAGUUUAUUUAAAUACACAAACAUCGAGGCAAAGCAAACGUCUUGGAACCAAAACACACAUUUCUUUUGUUGGAGUGAAAUAUCGUUGCGUAAACUUGAAAUGGCGGGAACUGAACAUUGUCACGUGACAACAAAGCAAGCACGCUCGGACACAACCGUUGCUCCUCCCACCAAUGUAAACCUUGAUGGUGACGAGACAACAUCAGAACUUCCUGAUGAGAGAAGGAUCAAGGAGGACGAGGAGGCAGCACUGAGUGCAUCCAAGCAAAACGAAACGAGGAAGAAGUCAGUCACACUUUUCCAUCCUUUCAGCUUCCAGCCCACUGACGUCGGCCAUCUUUGUCACUCUGGACACCAACCAACAUGGCCGACACUAUCUGAAAUGUUCUCCAUUUUCUCCACCAAAACUUAGCAGGAGGUCACAGAUCCUUCUCCUUUUUUGACUUCUUCAUUCAAAGCUACGCGUGGUGUUGUCCAGCAGAGGGUGGCAGCAGAGCAUGCUGGGUAGUCAGCACUCCAGCGGCGGGUGGAAGCUGCGUCUGCAGUCGACAGCCUUGGCGCUGGGAGGCUGAGCUCGUUUCCUGCGAAGCUCAUCUUUUCCGAGAACGCUGCCCAAGCGCGAGUACGCCGUCUUGUACUUCUUAUCAAAGGCGGCUGUGGAUGAGAGCGAGAGACAGCGUUGGCGGCGCAAGGACGUCCUUUGUGGUGCAGGUGUCUAACGGUCUUACCGGCGUGGUCCUUGCCCAUGGCGGCCAGCGUGAGGAAGAGGAACUCGCGGUAUACGCUCCUGCAACACACAAAUGCAAGAUGACACGCUGGAGUAUAAGUGGGGCAGCGCCUCAUCUCACCUCUGGAGGCGGGGCGGCACAGGCUGUUUGGCUAGCGUGUCAAGGAAGAGCGUGAUGGCCUUGUGGACCUCGUUCAUGCCCACCCAGCGUAGGACCUCCUCCAGAAAGGACAGUGUAAACGGGUGAUUGUGGCGGCGCCAGCGGAAGCUUCGCAUGGGAAUGCCACCUGGUGGAGGGAGG